UUAGCCACGUAGCAAAUUACUUUAGACUUUAGAGCAGGCGGUGCCGCAAGAUAAAGUUGCAAUUUCGAGGAAGUUCAAGCAAUAACGACCCAAAACAGUAACUUUUGAUAUUUGUUAAGAUUCCGGCGGGUCUUUAUAAUGACUGGACUGAUCAUCUGCACAUUACACCGACUGGAAAUCGAACUCUAAGAGCAUUCCUGAGACACCCACCAGUUUGUUUUUGAAUCUCAGCUUUGUUUUCCUUAAUACCCAGAGUCAUAAAGGAAUUAGGUUCUCUGCAAAUUCCUGAUUUUAGUGAGUGUAUUGAUUGGAACAAUCAUCUUAGCUUGGCAAUCAUUGAAUUCAACAGAAUUCUGUUAAACUUGCAUUUGAAGAGAGGUAUUGAUUGAUUGCUUUUUAGAGAGUUCUGAGGUCUGAAGAUUUUUUUUGGCUGGGGGCAGGGCAGGGAGAUUGGAUGAGAUAGAGGUCCUGGGUUAAAUUGCUGCUGAUUGGUGUUCAGAAUUCGGGCAUUUUGGUUAUGUGGGCUUUUCAUCGUUAGAGCCAACUUUCAGCAUUAGCAAUUGUGUUCUCAGUCCAAUUUAUACAGUAUUGCAUUCCAUAGGUUAGGGGUUUGAGACUGUAGAAGCUGGAUCAAGUCUGUCUCUAUAAAAACCCUUUGGCCAUUGGAUCUUUCGGAGCUUGUUGGUUUGAUUAUUGGGUUUUCAUUAAUCCAUUCAUUUGUAGUUCACAGCCAAAGUUUUUAACAGUUUGGGCCUUGGGGUCAUAAUUGAAAUGAAUAGGUCAGUCUUGAAGCUGGAGCAAGUAUGUGUCUGUAAAUCCUCGGUGGACAAAGAGUUAAAGGAAGUUUAUAGGUUGGAUUUGAGUUCUUAUUCACUUAUUCAGAGAGUCAUCCACUUGGACAGCUAAAUCUUUUACCAAAUUUUCAAGUCAGUAGAGGUUUGAGUCUGUGAGCUGAAGUAACUGGGACAGUAGGUGUUGAGUUGUCAAAUCCUAGUUGGGCACUAGAUUUUAUUGUUUAAGGGCAAGAAGAAAACAUGCCUGAUUCAAUACCCUCUUGUCUUGACAUCCAAACCAAGGGGGGCCAGAAUAUUGUGACCUGCAGGUAUCAGACCAAACUAGCAGACCAUUGCAGGAUGGUUACUGUGACCUGGUGCAAGAGUGCCAUGGAACAAGGCCUGUGUGUGUCAGUGGAUGAGCCAUCUGAUCAAUCAAUGUGCAAGAUUGCCCUUAAGCCAUGGUACUAUUGGAGGAAGAAACAGGGCUCCAGAUGCUUUAAGGUCAAUGGCACCAAGGUUCAGGUUUUCUGGAACCUAAUCUCUGCCAAAUUUAUCAAUAGUCCUGAACCUCAAGAAGGCUACUAUGUUGCAGUAGUUUGUGAAAAAGAGGUCAUCCUGCUUUUGGGGGAUAUGAAGGAAGAAGCCUUGAAGAAGACCAAGGCCAGAAUCUCAGUCAUUCAACCUGUUUUGAUCUCCAGAGAAGAACAUGGCUUUGGCAGGAGGUAUUUUUCUACAAGGACUAGAAUGCAUGAGAUAGAGAGUCAACCCCAUGCAAUCAAUAUAGAGUGUCAUACAACAGGUCCCAAAGACCCAGAGAUGAGCAUUAAGAUUGAUGGGCAGCUUGUUGUGGAGGUGCAGCAUUUGCUCUGGAAAUUUAGAGGCAAUCAGAUCAUAAGUGUAAGUGGGGUUCAAGUUCAAAUCUUUUGGGAUGUCUAUGAUUGGCUGUUCAAUUCUGGAGUAGGGAAUGCUUUCUUUACCUUCAAGCCCAUCUCUUCUUCAGAAAAAUCAAAAUCAAUUGCAGAGGAUGCAAGCAGCAAUGACAAAUUGGAUAGUUGUACCGAUCCUUCUAGAUCUUCAGACUACUGUGUAUUGCUUCAAUUGUCAGGGGGUUUACUGGUUCUGUAAUUGCUACAGCAAGUUCAACUACUUCAAUUCCCCUCCAUAACAUAUAUAUCUUGCAGCUCAAAGUUCAGAGUCUUAAGGAUUUUUCUUCUAACCUAAUUCAAAUGAUAAUCAGCUAAAUUAGCUUUGCUUCUGUGUUGAGAUUCUUACAACUUAAAAAUAUGAGUUCAUUUAUUACCUGGAUAUCUAUACAUGUAACAAGAGACAAACUGCAGAGAUUGUGAUGUAAUUGUGUGUCAUUUGCCAAUUCAGAAACAGCAUGUAGCAGAGCCUAACCAAGGGCCUCCAUUAAUGUUACUAUGUUUUGUCCGCAGCAAUUAAUUAACUAUACCAGAAUUCGUACA